AGGAUUUUUUUUUAAAUCACCAAAUAAAAUCCAAUUUCCCCUAGUUUAUCCCUUUAUGCAAGGAAUCUACAGAUCUCUUUCUCGCUUGAUUUCCAAAUCCCUAAUUUCUUAAUUUUACAGACUGCCAGGGUUCUUAAUCGCGGAGAAUCAACCAUGCUUGGUCGGCUUUUUGGGAAACCCAAGCAGGAAGCGAAUGCUCUAACCACGUUAGACAAAUUAAAUGAGACCCUUGAAAUGCUAGAGAAAAAGGAAAAAGUACUUGUGAAAAAGGCUGCUGCAGAGGUCGAAAAGGCCAAGGAAUUCGCCAAAGGGAGAAAUAAGAGAGCUGCUAUACAGUGCUUGAAGAGAAAGAGAUUAUAUGAACAACAAAUAGAGCAGCUUGGGAACUUCCAGCUUCGUAUUCAUGAUCAAAUGAUAAUGUUAGAAGGUGCUAAAGCUACAACCGAAACUGUAGAUGCAUUGAGAACUGGAGCAGCUGCUAUGAAGGCAAUGCAGAAAGCAACGAACAUAGAUGAUGUUGACAAAACAAUGGAUGAGAUCAAUGAACAAACUGAAAACAUGAAACAGAUUCAAGAAGCACUGUCAACUCCGAUUGGAGCUGCAGCUGAUUUUGAUGAGGAUGAAUUGGAGGCGGAACUUGAAGAACUUGAAGGUGCUGAGCUGGAAGAACAACUUCUUCAACCUGCGACAACCGCUCCUGCAGCUCCAGUCCACGUACCUGCUGGUAGGCAACCAGCUCGACCCGUUCCUCAAAAGCGUACUGCUGAGGAAGAUGAACUUGCAGCAUUGCAGGCUGAGAUGGCACUUUAAGGGAUCUAGUAGCGAGCUGGUUUUGUUGAUUGGAGUACCACGGCCGCAGGUCAUGUUGCAAAACAUGAAAGAGAGGUCAUUGUUGUAUUAUUGAAUCUUCUGCUUCAAAUUUGUGUGCAUUUAAGGUUUGACAAUGUACAUAAAGAUAUUUGCUUAUCUAAACGAAGCUCCCUUAUCUUUUGCCAUUUUAAUAAAAUAUUUUUUCCUA